AUAUCUAAUUUCUGGCCUUUGCAGCUGAUAUUAUAACCAAUGUAAAGAAAGCAGUCUAUCUGAUCAAGCACCUCCUCGGCUCCUCCUCUUCCGCCGUGGUUGAUACAACAACAAUGGGUCAGGGGCUGAGUUGCAAGCCUAGUCAAGAGCAGGGGCUGUUUGCUGCUGUUCAGUUGGGAGAUUUGGAGACUGUUAAGGCAGUUUUUGAAAGGGAUCCAAUUCUCAUUCAUCAUUCUACGGUGUAUGAUCGCAAUUCCGCUUUACAUAUUGCUGCUGCCCAUGGCCAGAUCCAGGUCCUUUCAUUCCUUCUGGAGCAAUCGAUGCAGCCGGAUUUGUUGAAUCGGAAUAAACAGACUCCCUUGAUGUUGGCUGCAAUGCAUGGCAAGAUCUCAUGCGUGACCAAGCUCAUUGAAGCAGGAGCCUAUAUUCUGAUGUUUGAUUCAGUGAAUGGAAGAACCUGUUUGCACCAUGCUGCAUACCAUGGUCACUCAGAUUGUGUUGAAGUUAUUCUGUCUGCAGCCCGUAGCUCUCAGGUGGCGGCUUCAUGGGGAUACUCUCGUUUUGUGAAUGUUAGAGACCACAAAGGAGCAACACCGCUGCACUUAGCUGCACGCCAGAGGCGCCCUGAAUGUGUUCACGUAUUGUUGCAAAAUGGAGCUCUUGUCUGUGCUUCAACUUGUGGAUACGGCUUCCCUGGAAGUAGUCCUCUUCAUUUGGCUGCAAGAAGUGGUUCUCUUGAUUGCAUAAGGGAGUUGCUCGCUUGGGGCGCUGAUCGCCUUCAAAGAGACGCCUCAGGGAAAAUACCAUAUGUAGUAGCAUUAAGGAAACAGCAUGGAGGGUGUGCAGCUCUGCUAAAUCCAUCAUCCGCGGAGCCUCUAGUGUGGCCGUCAUACUUGAAAUUCAUGAGCGAGCUGACCGGGGAGGCAAAGGCCCUCUUGGAGUGUGCUCUGAUGGAAGCCAACCGGGAGAAGGAAAGCGCAUCAGAUUGUGCGGCCGACAGUUUAUCAGAGGCAAGCGACAUGGAGGUAUGUGGCAUAUGUUUUGAGGAAGCGUGCACCAUCCAAGUUCAAGAAUGCGGGCACACCAUGUGUGCGCAUUGCACGCUUGCACUGUGCUGCCACAACAAGCCCAAUCUGAACCAGGCCACGUUGUCCCCUUGUGCUCCGGUGUGCCCUUUUUGCAGGAGCAGCAUUGUCAAACUGGUGGCCAUAGCUUCUCGGGAUGGAAACUUGAGAAAGCCUCGGAAAUCUAGGAGGUCGAGUGGAGGGAGUAGCAGCUUCAAGGGGAUCGGGAGAUUGGGGCGCAGCUCCGGGAGGAUAGCGCCUCAGGACGAGUGGCUUGACAAGCCGUUGAGCCUCGAUGACUGAUGCUGUCACCUGUUAGACAUCGGCUUGCUUAUUUGAUUUGGGAAAAUGAUCAAAGCAUGUAGUAUUAUUAGUUUGCAAGUGAGUUUAUUGUAACAUAUUCAUACGGUUGGCCCCCACUUGAUUGAGAUUGAGGCAUUGAGGAAUGACUUAUGUCAAAUACCCAAAUAUGUGUGAAUUGUCUUUUAAGCA